AUGAGGAUACCAGAGACGAUUGGGAGGACGGCUACACAACCUGCGUUUAUCCUGGUGGUGGAGGAGUACAAGCAUCGGGGCAUCCACAUCGAUCACAGGCUGAACUGUCUUCUCCCAGUUCUCGGCCACGUGGAGCUCAGAGCCUCCUACUUCAGCUGCCAUACUAAUGAUGCAGCUGAUGAAGUGUUCACGUUCAACUUCAACCUGAUUGUAACACGUGGAGGGAAGCAGGCCACAUAUGCGCUGAACAAGACCUGCACUCUGUCACUCCCGUGGUCUCCCCGAGAGGUUACCUGUGAGGUCAACUACAUGGAAGUGUCGGUGAGGAGUGAAGCAACGUGUCCGCAUGAGGAAAACGGCGAUUCUGCUUUUAAACCCGUAUGGCUUCUCUUGAAAUGUAUUUCCUCUUAGGCCCUUUACUCAGAUUGGAAGGUGAUGUUUCAAGGAGCAGAGGAUCAGUUUCUGCCCAUGAAUUUCUCUGAAGCUCGGAAGCUGGGUUACGUGUUUGCUCUCACAGAUGAGAGGCUUGUGUUUCGGACACCGUAUGAGCAACCCCAUUCUUUCAGCACUGAGGUGAAUGGCGUUCCAGUAGAGGUGGUCCAUGCAGUCCUGUUCUCGAGGCAAAGCUGGGUUGUCCUUGUGGUCGAUCUGUUGGCUGCUUGCUCGAUGCAUAAUGGGUCAUAUGACGGUGGCUAUAUGAUGUGGGAGACUUCUGAGCUGCUCCACAGUCUGGUGUCUCCCUUAAAUGAGACGGAGGUCAGCAUUGGAGCCAAUGGGAAACUUGUGGAGAAGAAAGUUGCAGAGGAGAGGGGCUACACCGUGGAGAAGAUUAACACCACCCUGCAAGUCAGUAUCCCUUACAAAGCUGAAGGAGGCUACAGGAAGAGCUUUGUGUCUCGAGACCUCUACGAAUACUACGUCUUUCGUCUCUACUUGGAGCAGAUCUCAGUUGACGAGGCUGAGAUUGCGGCCAGGCUUCGUUUUCACAGGAUUAUAGUCACUCCCCUGCUGCGAUGCCACAUUUUCACUGAAAAUCAAACUCUUGUAAGAGAGCGCACAUUCACCAUCUAUCUCGGCGGUGUCCCCGAAGACGUGGUGUUAGUUUCUAUUCAGCUAAAUGGACGAGAAUUUACCUUGCCACUUACAAAUAUGAGCACCUACAACCUCACUGAAGUUCUCCACCCCAACGGCACCCAUGGAUACACACUGACGGUGCUUUUUGAUGAUCCUAUUGUCAAACUGCAGUUCUCCAGAAAAGCCGUGGCAAUGCAGCACAUCCUGAAUGUCAACUACACACUGGCUGUUCAGCCUGGAAAUGAGCCUUAUUAUCAUGAAACAACAGUCACAGCUCUAACUCGUGUCUCGCCUCCCGUCUUUGAUGCCAACUGUUCGGAGUCCAGCAUACACUUUAAGGUGGACCAUCGCCCUUUUGAUUACUUUUGGGAGCUUGCCAUCGGCUCAGAUGUGCUAACCUCAGACCUGGCAGACCGGCGUGGCUACAUCUUGAGUAAUGACAGCCAGAGUCUGCGGCUUGAUGUGCCGCUAUUCACUAAUGGGUAUAAAUACCAGGACGUCACUUUGAAGGGAUUCUCAGGAACUUUUGAGAUCCUUGUGAGAGUUCGUGAAACAUCAGAAGUCCAGACGUCCACAGUUAAGACCUGCCUGUUCAAUCCUGAAGAAUUCAUUAUGUGUUCGACCAAUGGGAAGGUGAACGUGGUGGCUAACUUGUCUCUGCCAAUCCCAAGUGGAGGGAGCGCAGCUGAAACCAGCCUCAGGGACAAAUCCUGUCAGCCUAAAGAUGCAGAUGGCACCAGGGCUCUCUUUUCUUUUGCUGUUAAUGACUGUGGAGCUAUAAUCAUGCUGGGCAGGGACUCUGUGACCUAUAGAAAUGAGAUCCUCUUCAGCUCUGUGAGAAAUCCAGAAAAUCUGAGCAGUAAAAACAGGGUCUUGCUGCAGUGCACAUAUACUGUGGCUGGAUUACAUGCCCUCUUCUCGGCAUACAAGUUUGAGUCUGACACAGUUGGCGUUGGUCGUAUUGUGCAUUCUAACCGCAUCAUUGAAGGUGGGUGGUUUAACAAUUAA